AUGACUGUGACCCCCAGACUGCGUACUGUUCCAACAUUCCUCUGUUGGCGAUGUGAGAACAACACUCGAGCCCAACUCAAACCGAGGUUUCGGAGCUUCGCAACCUCUCCGCCAGUGUCAUCCAACACUGGUACUACGCCGGCAAAAUAUGCCCAGCUUACGAACCGGACGCUCAUCCGUCUGGCUGGUCCGGACGCCGCGAUCUUCCUACACAACCUCGUGCCCGCGAAGAUCUUAGACCGCGGGGGUCGCAGUCCCAUCUAUACGGCGUUCCUGUCCGCACACGGCCGGAUCCUCAAUGACGUCUUCAUCUAUCCGCCCAGCGAGGCAGACGAACAGGAGUGGUUCGUCGAAGCGGACGCGCAAAGCGCAGGCGACCUAUUAAAGCACUUGCGUAAGCACAAGCUGAGAUCGAAGUUCCAGUUGGAAAAGGUCGACCCCGAGAAACUGGGCGUCUACUACACCUGGCCUGGAGAUGCGGACCUGGUACAAGGCUCGGACGCCGUUGCGAGACUGGUGGCGGGCGGACAAGAUCCGAGACCGGGGAUGGGCUCACGGUGGCUUGAUAGGACAGGAUCCAUGGGAGAAUUGUCACGGCGCUUGGAAGAUCGCGGCGUGCAGCAGGCUACGGUGCAAGACUACACGGUGCACCGGAUGUUGAACGGAUUGGCGGAAGGACAGACGGAAUUGCCAAGUGCAGGCUCAUUGCCGCAAGAGAGUAACAUUGAUCUGUUUGGCGGCAUUGACUUCUUCAAGGGCUGCUACGUCGGCCAGGAACUUACUAUCCGCACCCAUCAUACUGGUGUGGUCCGCAAGAGGAUCCUGCCGUGUCAAUUGUACGAUCCUGGCGAUGAAUCGUUGUCGUCGUCCCCAGGCCAAACUCGGCCAGAAUACAACCCUGAUGCGACAAUCACUCUGCCUCCGCCCCAGUCGAACAUUGCAAAAGCCCACGCCCGUGGUCGCGGAAGGAGUAGUGGCAAGUGGCUCGAUGGGAUAGGCAACAUCGGCCUGGCGCUUUGCAGACUGGAGAUGAUGACCGAUAUCCAAUUGACCGCCGAUCGGACGAAUUAUGAUCCCAACGAGAAGUAUCGGGUUCAAUGGGAGAUUGAAGGACAGGAUGGUCCGCGUGAGGUCAUGCUCAAGCCAUUCGUACCGGCCUGGUUAAGGGAGGGCGUGGAGCAAAGCCUACGCAGGAAGGAGAAGAAGCAAAAGCCCCGACAGGAAGAAGACGAAUACGAUGAAGUCGAUUGA